AUGGCUAAAAAUUUUGAUGAUAUGUUUAAUGAGGCUUUGUAUGGCAAAAGAAGACGGCAAGAUAACACAUUCAUAGAUAAUUGGAUCGAUGAGUGUUUACUUGAAGAUUCAGAAGAAGAAGAUAUCGAUAGAAGCUCUAUCCCAACUCCUCGUAGAUGGAUCAACAGAGAUCGAGAAGCAGGACAUGAUUGCCUUUUCCAAUAUUACUUCGCAGAUGAACCGGUGUAUAAUGUUGACAUUUUCCGACGGAGAUUUCAAAUGAGAAGACAUGUGUUCCUUCAGAUAGUAAAUGCUCUCUCAAAUGGCUAUCCGUAUUUCCAACAGAUAGUUGAUGCAACUGGAAGAAGAGGUUUGUCACCACUCCAAAAAUGUACCGCUGCGAUACGGAUGUUAGCAUAUGGCGUAGCAGCUGAUGCUCUUGAUGAUUAUGUGCGCAUAGGUGAGAGCACUACAAUUAAAUUCUCGGAAAAUUUUGUUGAAGGUGUCAUUUUGGUGUUCGAGGAUGGAUACUUGCGAAAACCAAAUCCAAAUGACGUUCGACGCCUGCUACAAAUGGCGGAGGGUCGUGGCUUUCCUGGCAUGUUGGGUAGCAUUGACUGCAUGCAUUGGCAAUGGAAAAAUUGUCCAAAGGCGUGGAAAGUUUCUGGUUCAAAUAACGAUAUCAACGUGUUAGAUCAUUCUCCAAUAUUCGAUGAUAUUCUAAAUGACCGUUCUCCGAAGCCACAAGGAGAGAAACACAAGUUAUUUGCACAAUACCAAGAAGGGCAAAAAAAAGAUGUGGAGCAAGCAUUUGGAGUGUUGCAAGCACGCCUUGCAAUUAUACGUGGUCCAGCUCGCUUUUGGGAAAAGAAGAAAUUUGCCAACAUAAUGAGAGCUUAUAUUAUAUUACAUAAUAUGAUUGUUGAGGAUGAAAGAGACACUUAUGUAGGAAAUUUUGCUCAAGGCUUAGAGUAUGAUGAUGUCGAAAAUGACUUAUCACAACCUCAGCUUGGAGAAGAUGAUUUUGCACUAUACCAUUAA